AUGUGCACACAAAUGCUUUAUCUAGUCCCUGGAAUAAAGGCCUUUUGGGAAGAAUUGAAAGCAGAUAUCUGGCAAAUACUAACACAAGAACCAGUGGUACUUUGUGGUGACGGGAGAAAUGAUUCGCCAGUUCAUAACACCAAGUAUUGUGUAUACAUUUUGAUGGAGCAAUUUCUGGAUGUAAUUAUUGAUAUGGAUGUUGUUGACAGUCGGGAAACUGGGGGAAUAUCAACUAACAUGGAAGUAUUUGGAUUGAAAAGAUUAAUGGAAAAAAUUGUUGGAAAGAUCAUUACCUCUGAAGUGGUGACUGAUGCAUCAACAUCUGUCAUUGCCCUUGUUAAAAAGAUAAAAGGUAAAUUAAAUCCCUUUGUGCUUAUUCAAUUGAAGCACAGAAAGAAAAUUUGUCAUAUGUUAUUGUUUUGUAGAAUUUGUGGCCAUAAAAGUUAAUAAGUUGUUCUUUUCAUGCCUAUUGAAUCUGAACUUUUUUGUGAGUUUUGCCGUUGAAUGAACUGCAUGUUGUGUUAUAUUAAGGUGUCUGCCUACAGUUCUCUAAAAUUUUAGAUAUUUUACGUAACCUUCACUUUCAAACUAAUUUAUUUAUAUUUUCAUACUGGAUACAAUUAAUACAGGGUAAUCAGUUCAAAUUUCAGGAAAUUUUAUAAACCCUUGCCUGGCUAUACAUAACCAAUUAAAAAAAAAAUUAUUUGCAGAUAAAGGCUCAAAAAUAACUUUCACAUCCUUUUUCAAAAAUAUUUCUGCUCACGAAAAAUCCACACGUUGGUCGCGAUGAUUACCUCUGGUCUAUAUAAAUCCGCAAUUUAACUGUACUAACUGUAGGGCCACCUUGACUGGUAAUUUGUGUUUCAUUUCCUAACUAAAUCAGUUUUAAAAUGCUCUUGAUUAAGAAGAGUACCCUGCUGAAUUUGGUGAUUUGUUUCACUCAUUGGAUGUGUGGCAUAAGGCUGUGAAACUUACCAAGAAACUCACCAAGGUAUAUACAGUUUUGCUCAUUGCCAAUCCACUGUACGGCCCUGCUUUAUGCAACAAUCAAUCCAGGGCUCUGUAGUAUAAGUGAAUGAAUUGCAUUUUCUAGGCUGCAAAGCCAAAGCACUGUGAAUUUGUGAAUCAGUGGAUAGAACCCAUCAGAAACCAUUUCUGGCAUGUUGCCGAGAACUGUGAAGGCAAUGAAGAAAAAUUGAAUGUAGCUGGUAUUAUUUAUGUUGUGGUUAAGCAUUGUGAUUCUCACAGGCAGUACUUAGUUGCUGUAUUUGAGCAUUGCUAAAUGACUUAGAUUUGUGUGAAGUAUGAUUAUUUUAUAAUUGAUUUACGAUCAUAAUUCUUUCUCUGUUGCAGGAUGAUUGGAUAGGGGUUAUUCAUCAUGUGGCAGGAGAACAUGAAUGGGGCGAUGGUGAAUGCAACCAUGGACCACUAGUUGCAGCUGAAACUGGCAAGAUAUUUUUGAAGAAGGAUUCAAAAGCACUUGAGGCUAUAAGGAGCGUAGUCCUUGACCCACGGUUUCUUAGUCCCUUGCAUCAUUAUGUGAAUUUCAGGUACUAAAAAUGUACUGUAUAUUGCUGAGAAAUACAUGUAAAGAAAAGCACGAUAAAUUAAAUUGUACCCUUGCAUACUUUUAUUACCUAAUUUUUACAGACACACUGGUAAAUUAGAAAGCUUCAAUUCUAUGCUGUUAAAAUACGCACCGAAAAGAAUUGGAUUCCA